CUGCACUAUGGGACCCUCCUGGGUAGCAGAGCUUGUGCCCACAUGGCAGCGGCUGCCUGGGCCAGUGGCUUCCUCAAUUCUCUGCUGCAUACAGCCAAUACAUUUUCCCUGCCCCUGUGCCAUGGCAAUACCCUGGGACAGUUCUUCUGUGAGGUACCACAGAUCCUCAAGCUCUCCUGCUCACACUCCAACCUCAAAGAAUUUGUACUUAUUGUGUUGUCCAUAUGUUCUGCAUUUGGUUGUUUUGUGUUCAUUGUUUUCUCCUACAUUCAGAUCUUCAGGACUGUGCUGAGGAUCCCCUCUGAGCAUGGACGGCACAAAGCCUUUUCCACCUGCCUCCCUCACCUGGCUGUGGUCUCCCUGUUCCUCAGCACUGCUGUGUUUGCUCACCUGAAGCCCCCCUCCAUGUCCUCCCCAUCCCUGGAUCUGGCCCUGUCAGUUCUGUACUCAGUGGUGCCUCCAGGUCUGUCUUGA